GAGGGGGAGACGCAAGAUGGCGGCAGCCGCGAACUCCGGCUCCAGCCUACCGCUGUUCGACUGCCCGACCUGGGCAGGUAAGCCCCCUCCUGGUUUACAUCUGGAUGUAGUCAAAGGAGACAAGCUAAUUGAGAAACUGAUUAUCGAUGAGAAGAAGUAUUACUUAUUUGGGCGAAACCCUGAUUUGUGUGACUUCACAAUAGACCACCAGUCUUGCUCUCGGGUCCAUGCUGCCUUGGUCUACCACAAGCAUCUGAAGAGAGUUUUCCUGAUAGAUCUCAACAGUACACACGGCACUUUCUUGGGUCACAUUCGGUUGGAGCCACACAAGCCUCAGCAAAUUCCCAUCGACUCCACGGUCUCAUUUGGUGCAUCCACAAGGGCAUACACUCUACGUGAGAAGCCUCAGACAUUGCCAUCAGCUGUGAAAGGAGAUGAGAAGAUGGGUGGAGAGGAUGAUGAACUCAAGGGCUUACUGGGGCUUCCAGAGGAGGAAACAGAACUUGAUAACCUGACAGAAUUCAACACUGCCCACAACAAGCGGAUUUCCACUCUCACCAUUGAGGAGGGGAAUCUGGACAUUCAGAGACCAAAGAGGAAGAGGAAGAAUUCACGGGUGACCUUUAGUGAGGAUGAUGAGAUCAUCAACCCAGAGGAUGUGGAUCCCUCGGUUGGUCGCUUUCGGAACAUGGUGCAGACUGCAGUGGUCCCAGUCAAGAAGAAGCGGGUGGAGGGCCCUGGCUCCCUGGGCCUGGAGGAAUCGGGGAGCAGGCGCAUGCAGAACUUUGCCUUCAGUGGAGGACUCUACGGGGGCCUGCCCCCCACGCACAGUGAAGCUGGCUCCCAGCCGCACGGCAUCCAUGGGACAGCGCUCAUUGGUGGCUUGCCCAUGCCAUACCCGAACCUCGCUCCUGAUGUGGACUUGACCCCUGUUGUGCCGUCAGCAGUGAACAUGAACCCUGCACCAAACCCUGCCGUCUAUAACCCCGAAGCUGUCAACGAACCCAAGAAGAAGAAAUACGCAAAAGAGGCGUGGCCGGGCAAGAAGCCCACACCUUCCUUACUGAUUUGA